UCUAUGUUCUGUUUUCUCUGUUUAUUUUUUUCAUUCUCUCUGCAAAAACCUCUCUCUUUAGUCAAAAGCACAUUGGGACCCUCCAUGGAUCCCCACUCUUCUUUUUCUAAUCUUCAUUCAUUUCCCUAAUCAGUCACUCUUCUCCAAAUCAUCAUCACUUUAUUAUAUAUCAAUUACAAUUCUUAACAUAAACAACAUUAUCAAUUAUCCAACUUCAAAGCAAUCUACGACAGUGGGUACAGAUUGCAAGAACUGGGUUACAAAUGAACCUUCAAGAAAAAAAAAAAGGAAAAGAAAAGAAAAGUAAAGAAAAGAAAAGAAAGGAAAGGAACAUCCAAUUAACAUAUAUUUUUUCCUUCACCAAUUCUGGGGCCAAACCUGUAUCCCUUUGAGACCCAGGAAGCCAUGCCUUCAAGGCCCUUAGCUCCAAGUUAUCUUCACCACCCAAGACCUGGUUUUAUCACUAAAGCCAGAAUCUUGUUCUUGACUCUAACAAUCUCUGCUUCUGUGGUGAUAAUCUUUACAAUUCUCUACUUUCUUUACCAUCUUUGGUUUUCUCUUGUAAAUCGUUCAAGAACAAUCCCUUUUGACUCUUGUACUCCUUUAAAGCUCCAGAAAUUUUCUUACAAAGAGCUCAGGAUUGCCACCAAUGAUUUUGAUGAUGAUCAUAUUAUUGGCAAAGGUGGUUCUGGUACUGUAUUUAGAGGCAUUGCAAGGGAUGGAAAACUCUAUGCUAUCAAGAGACUUGAUACUCUCUCUUUGCAAUCUGAGAGAGAGUUCCAAAAUGAGUUGCAGAUUCUUGGUGGGUUAAGAUCAAAUUUCUUGGUUACUUUGUUGGGUUACUGUUUUGAAAAGAAUAAGCGUUUGCUUAUCUACGAGUAUAUGCCGAAUAAAAGUUUGCAAGAAUUGCUAUUUGGGGAAGGGCAUUUGGGUCUGAGUUGGGACAGAAGAUUCGAAAUUAUUCUUGAUGUUGCCAAAGCACUCGAGUUUUUGCACCUUGGCUGUGAUCCUCCAGUGAUUCAUGGGGAUAUUAAACCCAGCAAUGUUUUGCUUGAUUUUGAUUUCAGAGCCAAGAUCUCAGAUUUUGGGUUGUCAAGAAUUAAGGUGGAGGGUGAGUUUGGAGUGGAUUUGUUUAGCCAAGACUUGGGCAAGAGUCAAGAGCUGUGGAAGAGUCAGGAGCUUUCAGGCAACUUCACAUCAGAAACUCCGGCAGUUAGCACCCAUCUGGAUAGUUGUCAAGAGGUAGAUUUUUCUCUUGCAUUACAAGCUUCUUCUUCCAAAAAUAAUAGAACAUGUUAUAAUGUUAGAGCUCUGAAUGUGAAAUCUUUCAAUUACAAUGCUAACAUUGGGAAUGAGAGUGAUGUUAAGGUAGGAAAUGGGAAGGGGAAGGAAGUUUCCGGUGGGGAAGAUUGGAAUUGUAAGUUUAUGCCUUAUGAUGAAGAGCCUUGUAGUAUUGAUCAUAGUAAAGAGUUGAACUGCACUACUGUUUCUGUUGUUGAUGAUUCUUCCAUUGGUACAAAACAAUGGGGGAAGGAUUGGUGGUGGAGACAAGAUGGAAGUGGUGAAUUGUGUAGUAAAGAUUAUGUUAUGGAGUGGAUAGGAAGCCAGAUUUGCCCGUCGAAUCCUGAUUGGGAUGAAGAAAAGAGAAGUACUCCGGAGAGAACAGAAUUGAGUAGUUCAGCUCCAUUGGAUAAAGUAGAAGAUGCAAGUGAAUCUCAGUUACAUGAAUUGGGGUUUGAGAAUUGCAUUAAAGAAUCUGAGAGGAAAGAUUCAAGGGGCAGGAAGAAUCGUCGAAGGAAAAAUAGGAAGAUGCAAGAGUGGUGGAAAGAGGAACACUUGGAUGAGAUUAGCAAGAAAGGUAAUAAGCUCAAGAAUGUGGAAACCAAGUGGAAGAAAAGGCUUAAAACUCCACAUUUUCAUCUGACUCGCCGGUUUCACUUCCAUCGACAAAAGAAAUUGGGGGAACAGACCUUAAAGGACUCUGAUCAACAUGGGGAGUUUAGUUUCAGAAGGGGGUGGAAGAAAAAGAAUGCGCAUGAGCGUUCUACAGGAAGUGAUAUGUGGAGUGGUGAUCUUUUUAGUCGUGAGUUAAGCAGCACGACAAGCAUGAGAGGCACACUGUGUUAUGUAGCACCAGAAUAUGGUGGCUGUGGCUACCUGAUGGAGAAGGCUGAUAUAUACAGUUUAGGAGUUUUGAUUCUCGUGAUCGUGUCCGGUAGAAGGCCAUUGCAUGUUCUUGCUUCACCCAUGAAGCUUGAGAAAGCAAAUUUGAUAAGUUGGUGUAGGCACCUAGCUCAAGCUGGGAACAUCUUAGAACUUGUAGAUGAGAGAUUGAAGGAUGACUACAAUAAAGAACAGGCAACUUUGUGUGUCAACUUGGCAUUAAUUUGCUUGCAGAAGAUGCCUGAAUUGAGACCGGAAAUUGGAGAUAUUGUAAAGAUUUUGAAAGGGGAAAUGGAUCUUCCACCAUUGCCAUUCGAGUUUUCUCCCUCUCCACCAUCUAGAUUAUUUAGUCGGUCGCGGAGAAGACAUAAUUCUAAUACAGAGUAGCUAGCUUUCGUACAUAUUCUUUUUUUAUUGUUUAUCUUCUUUUUAUCAUGUGGUAUGUAUUUGGGAUUUGGCUGAGUGCCUCAUAGAACAGAUGAUUGGAAGCUGUAAUCUGAUAAACACAUAGGGAGUGAGUUGUCUGUACUAAUACUAGGAGGUUUACUUUGUUGUCUGUAAAGUAAACAAACUGAUUUCUGCUUUCUUGAUCUCACAAAAUCAAGUUUAACACUGAUUUA